UAUAUUGUUUAUAUGGGUGAGCGGCUGAAGAUGGAGCCUCUAUCAAUAACAUCACUUCAUAAGAGUUUGCUAAAUAGUGUAAUUAAAAGCGACGAAGGUGCAUCUGCACGCUUAAUCCAUUCUUACGGCAAGAGCUUUAAUGCCUUUGCAGCAAUGCUCACAGAAAAUGAAGCAGAGAGAUUAUCAAGCAUGGAUGAGGUGGUGUCUGUCUUCCCUAGCCAGCAAAGAGAGCUCCAUACUACAAGAUCAUGGGACUUCAUGUCCUUUCCAACGAGCGCAACUCAUUCUGCUUUCGAGUCCGACGUUAUCGUCGGCAUGCUCGACACCGGAAUAUGGCCGGAAUCUGAAAGCUUUGACGACGCCGGAUUUGGUCCCCCACCGCAUAAGUGGAAGGGCACCUGCCAAACAUCAAACAACAAUUUUACCUGUAACAACAAAAUCAUUGGAGCACGCUACUACCACCUUGUAGGAAGCAUAAGAGGGGAAAACAUCCCAUCCCCACGCGACUCUGAAGGCCACGGCACUCACGCCGCCUCCACAGCCGCCGGUCGGUUGGUCGCCAAUGCCAGCCUCUCUGGCCUCGCUGAAGGCACUGCUCGUGGCGGCGUUCCUUCGGCUCGCCUCGCGGUGUACAAGGUAUGCUGGAAAUAUCAGGGCUGCUCUGACGUCGACGUCCUCUCAGGAUUCGACGAUGCCAUUGCAGAUGGAGUCGACAUCAUUUCCAUUUCCGUUGGUUCGAAUUCCCCUAUUCAGAAAUAUUUCUCGGAUCCAAUUGCCAUCGGAAGCUUCCACGCAGUGAAGAAUGGGAUACUGGUGUCGAGCUCGGCCGGGAACAAUGGUCCACAUAGGUACACUGUAGUGAACUCCGCUCCGUGGAUAUUGACCGUAGCGGCGAGCACUAUUGACCGCAAGUUUAUUGCUCAAGUCAAGCUUGGCAAUGGCGAUGUUUAUCAGGGCGUGGCUUUGAACACAGGUGGUUCCAUUGAUGGUACUUUAUACCCUCUAAUAAAAGCGUCAGAUGCUCCCAACACAUCAGCUGGCUUCGACGCAUCAUCCGCCAAGUAUUGCAAUAAAGGAUCUCUGGACGAAGAUUUGACCCAGGGUAAGGUAGUCAUAUGUGAGCACUUCAACAUUGGCCUUGGGCCGCAGGUUGCAGGUGCUGUCGGGGCAAUUAUGCCACCAGUAGAUACAGUAAUUAGCGACUACGCCAUGCAGUUUAAGCUUCCUGCCUCUGAGUUGGAAGUUGAUGAAGUCGCUAAAAUCCUACGAUAUUCUAACACAACAAGUCAUCCAAUGGCGAGUGUUGGAAAGAGUGAGGGGGUGUUCGAUGGCCAUGCGCCUUACGUUGUCUCUUUCUCUUCUCGUGGGCCAAAUCCUGUUACAUCUAAUUUGCUCAAGCCUGAUUUAACGGCACCAGGAGUUGAUAUCUUAGCUGCAUGGUCUCCAAUGGCCUCGCAAAAAUCUACAUUGUAUAAUAUUAUUUCUGGAACAUCUAUGGCUUGUCCUCAUGUUAGUGGCUCUGCUGCUUACAUCAAGUCAUUUAACCCAUCUUGGUCUCCUGCUGCAAUCAAGUCUGCUCUGAUAACCACCGGUACUUCUUCCGUCAUGAGCUCUAAAAAGAACCCCGAAGCCGAAUUUGCAUAUGGAGCAGGGCAUGUAAAUCCCAUGAGAGCGUUAAAGCCUGGCCUUGUCUAUGAUGCGGAUGAGACUGAUUAUGUAAAGUUUCUAUGUGGUCAAGGCUACACCACUGUAAACCUUAGAAAAAUAACUGGAGACUCAAGUAGCUGUACUUCUGAAACAAAUGAGCCUAUCUUUGAUCUCAACUAUCCCACUUUUGCUUUAACAAUCACAAAGGGAAAACCAUUUUCAGCAACAUUUCAUAGAACCAUCACUAAUGUGGGGGAUUCAAAUUCCAACUAUAAGGUCAAUGUGACUGCUCCUUCUGGGCUCAAGAUUACUGUCGACCCCCAAAUCUUGUCAUUUCAAAGCCUUCUUGAGAAGAAAUCCUUUGAGGUAAAAUUGGAAGGAGAAACCAACGAGGCUUUGCUCUCAGCUAGUUUGGUGUGGAGUGAUGGCGUGCAUGAUGUGAGAAGCCCCAUUGUCGUGUAUACUGCAUAA